CUCAUCCCUCAUACCCCUUGGAUUACCCUAGCAUAAACAUUUUAAGGGAAAAAAAAAAAAUUUGAAUUUAGAAUUUUAGAUAGAGAGUAGAAGAAGAAAAAAUAAUUAGGGCUCGGAAGUUGCAGAAGCUGACCGAGUUCGCGAGCUACUGCUCUGUUCUUUCACUCACUCAGUCACUUACUCAACCUCUUUCUCUUUUUCUUAAGAGGGACAUGUCUUCUGAUACUGCAAAAGAAAAUGCAUCUGUUGUUGAUUCAUCAGUAACUGAAUGGAAACAAGACAUGGGAAAUUCAGAUGACCCUGAGAGCUCUAGUUACAAAGCUAAUGAGGUUAGCUAUCCAUCAAGGGCAGAUAAGGCAGGGAACUCUUAUUAUCCACUGGGAAUUUCCACUACUGACAGAAAGGGUAAAUUGUACAAUACGAGAUACUUCAUCAUUAAGAGUUUGAACCAUCAUAAUAUCCAACUGUCAAUUGAGAAAGGAAUUUGGGCUACCCAAGUCAUGAACGAACCUAUUCUAGAAGAAGCCUUUCAUAACUCUGGUAAAGUAAUUCUUAUAUUUAGUGUAAACAUGAGUGGUUUCUUCCAAGGAUAUGCGCAAAUGAUGUCUUCUGUUGGGUGGAGGCGAGACAACGUUUGGAGUCAAGGAAGUAGCAAAGGCAAUCCGUGGGGGCGCAGCUUUAAAGUCAAAUGGCUGUGUUUAAAUGAUUUACCUUUUCAAAAGACUCUUCAUCUCAAGAAUCCAUUGAAUGAAUACAAACCUGUCAAAAUUAGCAGGGAUUGCCAGGAGUUAUCUCUAGAUAUUGGAGAAGCGCUUUGUGAGCUCCUUGAUGGAAAGAGUGAUGUGGAUGACUCUCCAAGUAGUCUUUACAGGAGUGAUCUUCCUUCAAAAAGGCUUUGUGUAGAGUCUCCAUGUUCUUUAGGGGAUGAAGAGUAUAAUGUGCCUCCAAUGCAUAUGUCAUGGUCAAGAACACCCAUUCUUUAUCCUUUGCCUCUGUAUCCACAUCAGGCUGAGGCGAAUAGAUUUCAUUUAGCAAACCAGAUUUCUACAGGGGUUACUUUUCCUAGAAAUCUUUCAAUCACUGCUGGUGCAUCAAAAGUUGAAAGGAUGAAACGUUCUUGCAAUAGCGGAGAAAUUUCUAAUUCACAAGCGGAAAUGGAUAUGUCUCCUCAUUUUGAUGUUUGGGGUUUGUAUGCAGAAAGCCCAUUUGCUUGUACCCUGACUGAGGAUGAUCUUCUUGAACUGUCUUAUGAAGAAUAUCUGGAGCGUAGCAGAAGCAGUACACAAUUAUGCCUCCCUGUGGCUGGACCAUCUGGGAAAAUGCAGGAAUCAUCAAGAAGCAAAAAUCAGGAUGAAAAUCUGAAUUCGGGCUCUAAAGCUGACCGGCGAAAGAGGACUCAUUGUUCGUCCCAAAAAUUAUAGUUCCCUUGAUAUGGGAAAAGAGGUUCUUUUUGUUUCUUUCUUGGGAUGGUGUUGCUGUUUUCAGGAGUUUCGCAAUUUCCUGCUAAGCAAUGACCGAUUGAAGUUAUUUAUUCUUAUCCCCGGGACUCAAUAUCUUGUUACGUUGUACACAAUUGUACCAUAGCAUCAAAAUCUCAAUACCGGACUCAACUGGGGAAUGUUGCCAACUUGUACAUAAAUUGAUGCAGCAUUGGCCUUACAUCCUUUGAUUUGCUU